CGACAAACAGAGACUGAAAUAAAAACAAAGACAAAUCCAUCUGAUUCAAACAACACCUUUCAAAAUGGCAACCACGGGCAUGCAGCUGCUGGGCCUAAUCAUGUCCCUUGUGGGGUGGGUGGGUGGGUUUGUAGUCUGCAUCAUCCCCCUGUGGCGGGUCACUGCCUUCAUCGGUAACAACAUAGUGACGGCUCAGAUCAUUUGGGAAGGCCUUUGGAUGAAUUGUAUAGUGCAGAGCACGGGUCAAAUCCAGUGUAAGGUGUAUGAUAGCUUGUUGGCUCUGCCCAGUGACAUGCAGGCAGCCCGAGGCCUCACCGUCUUCUCCAUCCUGAUGUGUGGCCUGGCCCUGGCUCUGGGGGUCCUCGGAGUCAAGUGCACUAAAUGCAUUGGUGUAAACAGCGCCAAGGCCCGAAUUGCUCGCAUCUCCGGCGCCCUCUUUGCCAUCGCAGGGUUCCUCUACCUUGUACCCGUCUGCUGGACUGCCCACUCCAUCAUCAGGGAUUUCUAUGAUCCACAUGUGGCGGCCCCACACAAGCGUGAGCUUGGCCCUGCCCUUUACAUCGGCUGGGGGGCAUCAGGCCUGCUCCUCAUUGGGGGAUCUCUGCUCUAUGCCGGGUCAAGUCCCCCUGGCCUCCCAGGCUCUCCCACCUUCAGCAGUGGGGAAAGUAGUCCUCGCAGGGCCGCCUCACAAGUCAAAGGCUAUGUUUGAGUAUCCAAAAUGUCUGAAUGCCUUCAAGUCCCACAAAUGCAUCCCAAACGGUGACAAACCUGAUUCCUGUCCUUUUGAAUUUUGCUCCUUGUAAUUAUUUUAUAUUUAAUGUUUUUCCAGUUAGUUUUUUUCUCUGAUAAGCCACAGGAAGCUGUUUAGCAAAAAUUGAACUCAUUUUAUUAUUUCAUACCCGAUAUUGUUCAAUAACCUUGUUAUCUGUCUGUCAGUGUAAAACACAAUAAAAGUUUUGGUCCUCCAAAUUGUCUAGUGAA